CAGGGAAACCAGAUUGCAGCGUUUCCCUCCACACAACAUAACUGGAUUUUCUCCUCCUUAUUCUCCGUCCAGCGGUUUGAUCCUCUCCCCCUCUUUUUCCACUUGCGUUUUUGUUCCCCUGGAAUCGGGGAAACAAACUUGGGAGGACGAAAUAUGUGAGGGAGCUUUGCGAGUGAGGACUGCCUCUUGCACACAGACUGCUUCCCUUGCUGAGCUUAUCGCCGGCGUGGCUCCAUAGGACAUUUUCUCUCCUUGAUACAGAGGAUGCCGGGUGAAAAGCCCCGAGCGAGGCUCCAAGUUACCCGCCAAAGAAUGUUGGCAUGAACAUGAAGAUUAUAGUGCCAUUUCAACUUGAGUGAAUCUGUGUACAUUCUAGCCGGCAGCAGGAGGGACUGUUUAAUAAUUACAUAAAUUACCUAAAGUGUGCCCGAUGGAUAUUUGAAUCUUCGUCACUUUGCUGUAAACAGCCAUGGCAGAGGGGACCUUUGAACAGUUCAAAGCAUUUUGGCGCAGACAGUGAGAGGUUUGGCCGGUGGCCUGGACAGUUUGAGGUAAUGGUAUUUGCUCCAGGAAAUAAGUGCUGGCCAAGCCCAUUGAUAUGCAAAUAUAUGACAGCGAUUACUGAUUUGUGUUAAAAUGCAUCAGUUCACGCUUAUAUAUUCAUGUAGACAGUCAGUUAUAUGCCAGUCUACUCUUUCACAAUCAACCCAGCGCAUAUCCUGCCAAGGCAACAAGUAAAUUAAGACCGAUAAAUCCCUAUCCACUUGCACAGAAUCUGUGAUCACACGAUGGUUUUACAAAAGCCACAUGGCGCCCAUAUCCUAUGGGCUGGGCUGCUCAUCUGCUGCUUUGUAGAAAUAGCCACUUGCCUAGAAUUCACAGGUGCUGAGGGACAGUGGGCACGAUUUCCAGUGUGGAAUGCGUGUUGCGAAAGUGAAAUGAGCUUCAGCAUGAAAACGAAGAGUUCCCACGGGCUGCUGGUUUACUUCGACGACGAGGGAUUUUGUGACUUCUUAGAACUCCUCAUCCUGAACGGCAAACUCAGCCUGCGAUUCUCCAUCUUCUGUGCCGAGCCCGCGACCGUCGUGUCCGACACAGCGGUCAACGACAGCCAGUGGCACGCGGUCACGCUAAGGAGAAACUUUAAGAACACAACCCUGAUGGUGGACAACGAGAUAAAGUGGGUCGAGGUGAAGUCCAAAAGACGGGAUAUGACCGUUUUCAGCCCUUUGUUUGUCGGCGGAAUACCACCGGAAUUACGAUCUGUGGCGUUGAGACUGACGUCGGCUGCCGUCAAGGACCAGCCGCCUUUCACUGGAUGGUUAACGGACAUAAAGGUCAACAACACGGAGUCUGUAAUGGUCGACAGUGAGGGGGUCUUGCACGACCUCUGCGGUACGGCCAACAUGUGCUUAAAUGGAGGAGUCUGCAGUUUAAUUAACAAUGAAGCGACUUGUGACUGCUCUCAGACUGGCUUCCAGGGAAAGGACUGCAGUGAAGAAGACAGCCAAACUGAAGGUCUGGCACACCUGAUGAUGGGCGACCAAGGUAAAAGUAAAGGGCAGAGAGGGGAAGCUUGGCUUCUAAGGUCCCUACUGAGCAUUCAAGGAAAAGAAGAGUAUGUCGCAACCUUCAAAGGAUCGGAGUUCUUCUGCUACGACCUGUCCUUGAACCCGAUUCAAAGCAGCAGUGACGAAAUCACACUGUCAUUCAAAACCCUGCAGAGGAACGGACUGAUGCUGCACACGGGCAAAUCAGCUGAUUACGUCAACCUGGCACUGAAAAAUGGGGCUGUCUCUCUCGUCAUUAAUUUGGGGUCUGGAGCCUUUGAGGCUCUUGUGGAGCCAGUCAAUGGGAAAUUUAAUGACAAUGAUUGGCAUGAUGUCAAAGUAACAAGGAAUCUACGUCAGCACUCAGGCAUUGGACACGCUAUGGUAACAAUAUCCGUGGAUGGGAUUCUGACCACCACAGGAUACACACAAGAAGACUACACCAUGCUAGGCUCUGACGACUUCUUCUAUGUUGGAGGGAGUCCUAGCACAGCUGACCUGCCCGGAUCUCCGGUCAGCAACAACUUCAUGGGCUGCCUCAAGGAGGUUGUGUACAAAAACAAUGACGUGAGACUGGAGCUGUCCAGGCUGGCCAGGCAGGGUGACCCCAAGAUGAAGGUCCACGGUACCGUGGCCUUUAAGUGUGAGAACGUGGCCACUCUGGACCCCAUCACCUUCGAGACGCCAGAGUCUUAUAUCAUCCUCAACAAGUGGAACGCCAAGAAGACGGGCUCCAUCUCCUUUGACUUCCGCACCACCGAGCCCAAUGGCCUUCUGCUCUUCAGCCAUGGCAAGCCCAAGCAGCCGGGGAAGGAUUCCAAGAACCCCCAGACUCUCAAGGUGGACUUCUUUGCCAUCGAGAUGCUGGACGGCCAUCUGUACCUGCUGCUGGACAUGGGCUCGGGAACCACAAAGACCAGGGCGGUCAAUAAGAAGGUCAAUGACGGCGAAUGGUACCAUGUGGACUUCCAGCGAGAUGGCCGAUCAGGCACCAUUUCUAUCAACACCCUCCGCACUGCCUACACGGCCCCUGGAGAAAGUGAGAUCCUGGACUUGGAUGACAACCUCUACCUCGGGGGUUUGCCAGAGAACAAAAUGGGGCUGGUGUUCCCAACGGAGGUGUGGACAGCGCUGCUCAACUACGGCUACGUGGGCUGCAUCCGGGAUCUAUUCAUCGACGGCCAGAGUAAGGAUAUCCGGCGCCUUGCCGAGAUCCAGAAGGCUGCCGGGGUGAAACCCUCGUGCACGAAGGAGCUUCCUAAGCAGUGUUUGAGCAACCCCUGCCAAAACAAUGGGGUCUGCAGAGAGGGCUGGAACCGCUAUGUGUGCGACUGCUCCGGAACUGGAUACCUGGGACGCUCCUGUGAAAGAGAGGCGACGAUCCUGAGCUAUGACGGCAGCAAGUUUAUGAAGGUCCAGCUGCCAGUGGUGAUGCACACAGAGGCCGAGGACGUGUCCCUGCGCUUCCGCUCCCAGCGAGCCUACGGCAUCCUAAUAGCCACCACGUCUCGGGACUCGGCUGACAGCCUGCGUCUCGAGCUGGAGAGCGGGCGCGUCCGCCUGACUGUCAAUUUAGAUUGUGUCAGGAUUAACUGUACCUCCAGCAAAGGUCCAGAGACUAUAUUUGCGGGUCAGAAUCUGAACGAUAAUGAGUGGCACACGGUGCGUGUGUACAGGCGGGGCAAGAGUUUGAAACUGACCGUAGACGAUCUGCCGCCUGCAGAAGGUCAAAUGGCGGGCGAUCACACCCAACUGGAGUUCCACAACAUAGAGACGGGCAUUGUGACAGAGAAGCGCUUCUUGCCCAUGGUGCCGUCCAACUUCAUCGGCCACCUCCAGAGCCUCGCCUUCAACGGCAUGGCCUACAUAGACCUCUGCAAAAACGGCGACAUCGAUUACUGCGAGCUGAACGCCAUGAUCGGCUUCAAGAACAUCAUCGCCGACCCCGUCACCUUCAAGUCGCGCUCCAGCUACGUGACCCUCACCACUCUGCAGGCCUACUACUCCAUGCACCUCUUCUUCCAGUUCAAGACCACGUCCUCGGACGGCCUCAUCCUGUACAACAGCGGGGACGGGAACGACUUCAUCGUGGUGGAGCUGGUCAAAGGUUACCUGCACUAUGUCUCCGACCUGGGGAACGGAGCCCACUUGAUUAAAGGCAACUCCAACAAGCCCCUGAACGACAACAACUGGCACAACGUCAUCAUCUCCAGGGACACCAACAACCUUCACACUGUGAAGAUCGAUACCAAGAUCACCACGCAGGCAACCUCGGGAGCCAAGAACCUGGACCUGAAGGGCAACCUUUACGUUGGUGGGGUGGCGAAGGAGAUGUUCAAGGAGCUGCCCAAGCUGGUGUUCGCCAAGGAGGGUUUCCAAGGCUGUCUGGCGUCGGUGGAUCUGAACGGGCGGCUCCCGGACCUGAUGUCGGACGCUCUGGACUGCGUGGGUCAGAUAGAGCGAGGGUGUGAGGGCCCCAGCACCACGUGCCAGGAGGACUCAUGUGCCAACCAGGGCGUGUGCCUGCAGCAGUGGGAGGGCUUCAGCUGUGACUGCAGCAUGACCACGUUCGGAGGGCCGCUGUGCAAUGACGCGGGAACAACGUACAUAUUCGGGCGAGAUGGCGGACUGGUCACAUACACGUGGCCGCCAAACGACCGUCCCAGCACGAGGGCAGACCGGCUAGCCAUCGGUUUCAGCACACACCUGAAGGAUGCUGUCCUGGUGAGGGUGGACAGCUCCUCUGGUCUCGGAGACUUCUUGAAGCUCCACAUCGAAAAAGGAAACAUCGCUGUUGUAUUCAAUGUCGGAACAGACGACAUUAACAUUGAGGAGACAUCAAAGUUUGUAAAUGACGGAAAGUACCAUAUAGUGAAGUUUACGAGGAGUGGGGGUAAUGCCACUCUGCAGGUGGAUGACCUGCCAGUCAUUGAGCGCUACCCCACAGGCAACAAUGAUAACGAACGCCUGGCGAUUGCUAGACAGCGAAUCCCAUACCGACUUGGUCGAGUAGUUGAUGAAUGGCUACUCGACAAAGGGCGGCAGCUCACAAUCUUCAACAGCCAAACCACUAUACAGAUUGGGGGCUGGGAGCGAGACCGGAGUCGAUCGUUUCAGGGCCAGCUCUCGGGCCUCUACUAUAAUGGCUUGAAGGUGUUCAACAUGGCCGCCGAGGGGGAUCCUAACAUUAAGGUCCAGGGCAGCGUGCGGCUUGUGGGGGACUCGCCCUCCUCCAUCACGCCGCAGUCGAGCACCACGGCCAACCGCUCGGAGACGUCCACGUCCAUAAUGGAGAUCACCACCACCACGGCGUCCAGCAGGCGAGUCAAGCAGACGACGCCACGAGAGCCUCAGCAGACAACCGACGACUUCGUGGUGGCAUCGGCCGAGUGCCCGAGUGAUGAUGAGGACAUUGAUCCCUGUGAGCCGAGCUCAGGUGGGUUAGCCAAUCCCACGGGUUCUGCACCGAGGAACCCAGGCACAUCGGAGGUCUUCAGGGAGUCCAGCAGCACGACGGGGAUGGUGGUCGGCAUCGUGGCGGCGGCGGCGCUGUGCAUCCUCAUCCUGCUCUACGCCAUGUACAAGUACCGGAACAGAGAUGAAGGCUCGUACCACGUAGACGAGAGCCGCAACUACAUCAGUAACUCGGCGCAGUCCAACGGCACCGUGGUCAAAGAGAAACCAGUCAACACUGCAAAGACCGCGGGCAAGAAUAAGAAGAACAAGGACAAGGAGUACUACGUGUGAUUGUCCAAACCUUGGUCCCUGCCAGGCCGACUUAAAACGUUUAUCAAAAAGACAAAUCAGGACAUCAACAUGUGUACAGUAUAAUAACAAAGAUGAACAUUAUUUAGUCAUUUUUCCUAAAAGACGAUGCUCUGAAAAGUAAAUAUGAAAAAUGAAAAAAUAACUUUCUUUAGACUCAAGCACUGGCGAUAGAAAACAUAUAGAGUCCAGAGAGAGAAAGACGGAAACAUGGCUCUGGCGACCAGUUGAAGAAGAACUGAACGCAUAUCUAACAUGUCAACCGAACAACAUUAACCCACCUGUGACUCGUCUCCUUGGCCAGGACGAUGUGAUCUAACUCCCUUGUUUCGGGUGAACAAGGGGGGGCAGAGGUGCACGGGUGACGAGACAGGUUCAGCAUUACGAACUCAAUGUUAUCAUUUACAUUGCCUGUGUUUGUGUUGUUGAGACUUUUUCUACAGAAAAUGACACAAAGCUCAAACGCGCCAAAUAUUUAAUGUGGGUGGAGGAGUAAAAAAAAAAUCUGGUGACGGCGGUGAACUCGGACAGAAAAAAAAAUUCCCCUGAUGGACGCCCGUGGAAUCAGGACUCAACGAACAGGAGCUGGCGGCCGGCAAAGACCUAACACCUGCCUGACAAGGCUGCCGCAGCACGACUUCGAUGGUGGGGGGGGCAGUUUCUCUGGAAAGACUAUGAUUUUAAAGAAGAAUAUGUCCAUUGUGCCAGUACGAAAUCUGGAGGCCUUCGUCUUCACGUCAUGUGAACUCAAAGGGGAGCGUUUCCUCAGAGUGCCGGGGGCGUCUGGACGAGCGUCACUCGGAAGCCAUGCACGCAAAAUUAUCUUAUUACAGUACAUAUGUUUAUAUACAGUACAACCACAUCUAUAUGUGCUUUCUGGACUGUGACAAAGUGGUGUUUUAUAGCCUGUUGUAUAGAUGAUGCAAACUAUAACUGCUCCUCUACCAUUUUGGAAUAAAAGAGAAAAAAAGGACAAAAAGAAGACAUAAGUGUUAAAAAGUGUUGCUAGUCAUAGAAGAUUUUAUGAAGACAUCUGCAUUUUUUUUUUCUCAGUUGAAUAACAAUGAUUUGAUUUCCCCUUGUUUUUACAUGUGUUCCUAUAUAGUUUUUUAUACAAAUGCCAACCAGAGACAGACGAUCCCGGACCAGUAGUAGCUGAACCGUUACCCCAAAAACUGCAAAAGGCGUGACAUGACGACUUAUGUGGAUCUGUUAAGGAUUCCAGUUGAAUCACUGCCUUCCUCCUCAAUCCUGACUUACACGAGUGAGAAUGAAGACCGAGAAUAUGAGUGAUGAUGAUGAUGAUGAUGAUGAUGGAUGGUGACAACGAUUAAUAUAAAUUAACUUGCUGUGUGUGUUUCCAAGUGGUAUUAUGAGAUUGUCCGACGUGUGCUUGGGCUGACGCGAAACCGGAGGAGGGAGCUCCAAUCUGUCUCCAUUUCAGCUGUUCUGUGUUUGUUCUGUCAUU